AUGAACGUGGAAGCCAAAAACGGCUUUCCGACUCCUACCGACCCAACUGGUGGCGAUCGCGACUCCGCCGAUGCCCCCGAGUACUCGGAGCAGAUGGAUUCUGUCAAGGAGAAGAUAAAUGGCGACGGUAGCAAGGCCGAGAAUGGCCGGAAAGCUGCCAAUGCGAAGGACCCUUCGCGACCGCGCCGGAAGAAGGCCCGAAGGGCGUGUUUUGCCUGCCAGCGUGCCCAUUUGACUUGCGGUGACGAGCGACCCUGCCAGCGCUGUAUCAAGCGCGGCCUUCAGGACGCAUGCCACGAUGGUGUUCGCAAGAAGGCCAAGUAUCUCCACGAUGCUCCGGAUGGAGCACUGAUGCCCGGUGUGACGGGCAGUCUUUAUAAUAAGAGCAGCAGCAACAACAACGGCUUACGAAAUGGACUGCCCGUGUCCAGAAAUGGCUCUACCACCACACCGCAGCAGCAGCCGCCGCCGCCGCCGCCACCGCCGUCGCAACAGCAACAGCAACAGCAACAGCAAGCCCCAAAUACCGCCAGUUUCUAUCCCACGCCUCAGCCACAGCCGCAGCCGCAGCCAGGAUCGUACAACAUGUACCAGGACGCGACAUUAAGCCAGAGCCCGUUCACCACCCAAUCCCCUGUAUCACCGAGCUUCAACCUGAAGAGCAGCACCAAUGGUCGGAAUCCCAGCUUAUCGUCUACUGUGAACCAGCAGCCGACUCCCAGCACGGCUCUUUCGGGGGACACCAACCAGCCGCAGAAUCCAUUUGCAGGACCCUUUUUUGACCCCAGUGACCCCGCACUCUUCAACUUCGACCUGUCCAGCAUGAACUUCGAGAAUCGCUAUGGGGCUCUCGAGUUUGGGAUGCUCGGUCACAUGGCCACUGGAGCGGGAGAUUCGCCGACCGAUUCGGCAGGGCAGCGAGGGUCGAUCGGCCGCAGUGGGUCUGCCCAGUUCUCCACGCCAGCUCCUGGGUUUGGCGAAAGUCCGGGGAAUCAACCGCCAUUCAUGUUUGGCGAUCCCUUGCUCAAUGAUUGGUCGACUGGGCAGGCCUCGGGCCAGCCGCAUGUGAACGUCAGCGGUGUGUACGGCCAAAAUGGCAUGUUGCCUGGCCACAUGAAAGCAGACGCGCCGCAUGCCUUUGCGAUCGAGAGCGGUCCGGGGAGCUUCGCCAGUCCUGGGUCCGUGACUAGCCCGCAUGUGACGGUGGCCGGGCUGGAGGAUGCCUCGUCGUUCAACAGCGUGCCUAAGUCGAGUAGUAACCUGGCGCCGAAUAGCCAGCGACCGCUGAUCACCACGCCGAGCUUGAAGCACCGCGAUCUGCAGGUGGGACCGAAGCGACGUCAUCGCAACCCGUCCUCCAUCUAUGAGAGUGUGAAAGAGCCGUACGGAUACACGAAUGGGUUCCACAACCUCACUGCAUUCAUCCAGCGUCGGUUUACGCCACAGAAGACCGUGCGCAUCGCCAAAGCGCUCGCUUCGAUUCGACCUUCCUUCAUCGCGACAACCAAAACAUUGAAUCGCGAUGAUCUUAUCUUCAUGGAAAAGUGCUUCCAGCGGACACUCUGGGAAUACGAAGACUUCAUCAAUGCCUGCGGCACUCCCACCAUCGUCUGCCGGCGUACAGGCGAGAUCGCUGCCGUAGGUAAGGAGUUUAGCAUUCUGACCGGGUGGAAGAAGGACAUCCUCCUGGGCAAGGAGCCGAACCUCAAUGUCAAUACGGGCGGCUCAGCACCGCAAUCUGGCACAACAUCUCGCGGGAGCUUCACGCCGCGCAGCUCAACGCUAGAGAACACUGGAAACGGACGCCCGCAACCAGUCUUCCUGGCGGAGCUGCUGGAUGAUGAUAGUGUUGUCGAGUUCUAUGAGGAUUUUGCACGCCUCGCGUUCGGCGACUCCCGCGGUAGCGUGAUGACGCGGUGCAAACUGCUCAAGUACAAAACUAAAGAGGACAUGGAGGGCGCGCAGUCCGAUGAGAAAGGGAAGUGGAAUAACCACCUGCGCAAGGGCGGGAUUUCCGGCGAGGCUGGUAUGAAUCAGUUGGGCUCCAAGGACGGCAAAGUCGAAUGCGCGUACUGCUGGACAGUCAAGCGAGAUGUAUUCGACAUUCCGAUGCUAAUCGUGAUGAACGUGAGUGAAGACCCGCAACGCUUUGGACGAUGGCAACUCAGCAACUAA